UUAAAAUGUGAACCUCUCUUUAUCUUCCUAACUAUAUAUAAAUACAAGGUACCAACCUUUCUGCCUACACCUUAAUAUUUCCAAACCUUCAAUUAUUAUAUACAUUAUUAUCCACAAAAAAUUUCAUUCAACAUGGGUUUGAGAGACAUAGGAGCUUCACUACCUCCUGGUUUUCGUUUUUACCCAAGUGAUCAAGAAUUGGUUUGUCACUAUCUUUACAAAAAGAUCACAAAUCAACAAAUUCUUAACCAUUCUUUGCUUGAAAUUGAUCUUCACAUAUGUGAACCAUGGCAACUUCCUGAGGUGGCAAAGCUGAAUGCAAAUGAAUGGUACUUUUUUAGCUUUCGAGACCGUAAAUAUGCAACUGGAUUUAGAACAAAUAGAGCAACUAUAAGUGGUUAUUGGAAAGCAACUGGGAAAGAUCGUGUUGUGUUGGAUCCAAUGAGUGAAGAAGUUGUAGGGAUGAGGAAGACAUUGGUGUUCUAUAGGAAUAGAGCUCCAAAUGGAAUUAAGACAGGAUGGAUUAUGCAUGAGUUUAGGUUGGAGACACCACACAUGCCUCCUAAGGAGGACUGGGUAUUGUGUAGAGUCUUUCACAAAAGCAAAGAAGACAACAAUUCAAAACUGAACACACAAGAAUUCAUAUAUGAGACAACACCUCCAUCCCUAACUUUGGCGUCAUCAUCUCCAACAAAUUACCAAACCAUCCCUACUGGCUAUAACAGAAUUGAUUCUUUUUCUUCCUCUAUGACAACAUUUCAUCAUUUUAAUCCAAACCAAAACAAUAAUUCUUCCAUCAUCAAUAAUCUCCUUCAGUAUUCUUCUCAAACAAAUAAUAAUAAUAAUAGUACCGUUACUCAAAUUAGUUCCAAAUGUGAUGAUGAAUAUGGAUUCUUGUGGAACAUGGAUUUGGAAGAAAAUAGCUUAGAAGAUGGCGUGGCUUCAAACUUGGACGCAAUAAGAUUCGAAGUUGAUAAUAAUAAUAAUAAUAAUAAUAAUACUAAUAAUAAUAUGGUUUUACUAUAAAGAUGUGUAUAUGUACAUUUAUAAGGUUCUGUAUUAUCUCAUAAAUUAUUUAAUAUUCAUUUAUUUAUGAAUGUAUUGUAUUUAUGGUGUUUGGCUUUAAGAGGCAAAGACACAUGCUGGAUUGGGAUUUGAUGUUUCAAGAUUGGGUAUAUUUAUGUAAUAAGAGGAUAUUAUAUAGUGUUGUCCAUUAGGUUUUCCUAAGUAUAUUAUUUCUGUAAGCUAAUAAUAAUAUCCUUUGUAUUUUCGAAUAUUUAUAAUAGUAAAUGUUUAUA